AUGAGAGAAGGCCUCGACCUCCCCGAAUUCGGGUACCUCCCAUUCGACCAUUUCGUCGUAGCAAACUGGGACACGAGAUCCCCGCUCUCCAAAAACGAGCAAAAAAGAAUCCUUGUUGAGAAAUGGAUCGCGCUAGGAAAAUAUGGGCGAAACGACUGGGCCCUCGCCAUGUUCGAUGACCCAAUCAUCGAUCAUGUUCCAGAGCGGUUGCCGCAAGACCUCCUCUCAGAGGAAGACCGUGCAAUCAGCAGCCUGCUCUCGACAGUCCUAUGGAUCCGGACCUGGUUCGGCGAUCCUACAGAUAAAACAAGCCAAGAAGCCGCAGACACGGCGUAUGCCCGACUCCGGAAGGAAGUCCUACAGCAGGGCCGCGAGAAUAACCACGUUUUCUGCAUCCCCGAGGAGUUCGUCUUCGAGGAUCGGGAGGAACUAACAGCAGAUGCCCAGCGGGACCAGGAUGUGAUUGACGGCGUUGCGACAGGCCGUCCGGGUUCCGUACCGGGUUAUCUACUUGCGGCGCUGAUGCACUGCCCUGAGCUGUUUGAGGGGAUGUCGGAUGGCGACUGGCGGCAUUUUGAGGGGGAGGAGCGGGCUGAGGAGCUGGCGGAGAGUGAUCGGACACAGAAGGCGCUGGUUCUUGUUGCAGAUCGGAAGGCCUGUGAGGAGGGUUGGGUGCUGGCCCUGGCGGUGAAUCACCGGGGGGAGAUCCUUCCGGUUAGGGUGCGUGAGCGGGCCACGGAGGCGGCGCAGAUUGCGGUGAAUUGGUUUGAGGGCGAGCCUUUGUCGGAGAUUGUGGAUGAUGAGGAUGAAGACGUGGAGUUUUACCUGGGGGAAGGGAAUGGGUGGGAGUAG